UUGAGUAAAAUGUGGCUUAACCCUGUAUCGUCGUGCUUCCCGAAUCUAAAACCCUACUCCUACUCCUCUUCAACUCCUCCACCACCACCAACCACCACCGUGAAAGCUCUGAUGGCCAUGAAGACUACGGAGGAAUCCGACGUCGGAAUAUUCUGUUACAUCUCUCAACUCCCUGGCUUUCGCGGCAUUCUUAAGCAAAGGUAUUCUGAUUUCAUGGUGAAUGAAGUCGAUACCGAAGGAAAUGUGGUUCAUUUGACCAACUUGGAAGCUCCACCAGAGGUGGUGAAGGAAAAUGGAGCGAAGACGCAGGAUAGUGCAAGUAAAGAUUAUAGUGCUGAAAUCGAAAAGUUUAGGUCUCUUGCUGGUGGUGAGGAUGUUGAGCGAUUGGAAGGUUUGAUCAGCCAGAUUAAUUCUGGAAGUGAAGAUGGUGUUAUGCCUAUUGUUCUUUCGCCAGACUAUGAUAAAGCUCAUCGAACGGCAGUGCAUAAUUUUUUUAAGGAGAACUUAAAGUUCCUUGUCACCGAUGCAGUGGAUGGACCGGAUGCUUCGUCAAAAUGCAUCCGUGUAAGACUAAAUUCAGGAGGGCAGAAUGGCAGAGGCAGGAAUUCGAAAAAGCGAAAAGAAAGGGGUGAUAAACCAUUUGAUAGCAGAGGUACUGAUGACUGGUCAGAGCAUGUUGGCAAGUUCCUAAGGUUUCAUCUUUACAAGGAGAACAAGGAUACACAGGAAGCUUUAGGAAUUAUAGGAAAGAUGCUUGGAAUACAGCCAAGGGCAUUUGGGUUUGCGGGUACAAAGGAUAAGCGUGCUGUUUCAAGUCAAAGGGUAACCGUCUUUAAGCAGUUUGCAAGUAGAUUAGCUGCUCUUAAUGAUAGGUUGAUUGGUAUCAAAGUAGGCGACUUUUGCUAUGUGAAAGAAGGACUUUCUCUUGGCCAACUCCUGGGAAACCGCUUUACAAUUACAUUGAGAGGAGUUGUUGCAGAUUCUGAAGAUACGAUCCACGCAUCUGCAAAUGCCUUAGGAAAACAGGGAUUUGUUAACUACUUUGGUUUACAAAGGUUUGGAAGUGGUUCAGUUCCAACACACCUUAUUGGAGCUUCACUACUGAGAGGAGAGUGGAAAUCUACUGUAAGCAUGAUGCUUGAACCGAGAGAAGGGGAAAGAGAUGUGAUAACGGAGGCACGGAAGUACUACAAGGAAACUAAUGAUAUUGAUGGGACCUUGAGGAAAUUACCUCGACAUCUUGUUGCUGAAAGAGCUAUCCUGCAGUGUCUGAAGAAAUGUCCUGGAAACUACUCUCAGGCUCUGAAAGCUAUUCCCAGAACUUUGAGGAUGAUGUAUGUACAUAGUUACCAGAGCUAUUUGUGGAACCAUGCAGCAAGUAUGAGAGUGCAAAAAUAUGGAACUGACCGAGUUGUGGUGGGAGACUUGGUAUAUUGUAAAGGAAAUGAAACUGAGAAGGUGAUAGGAAUUGUUAGUUCUGAGUGUGUGGAUGAAAAUGUUAAUGAUGAAAACUGUGAUGAUACAUUUGAUCCUAGUCAUUUGGACGACAUAUCAGAAACAAAUAUUCCUGAGGCGAGGGUUAAUGUUGUAAAGGCUGUAACUGCAGAAGAUAUCGACAACGGGAAUUACACGAUUGAUGAUAUUGUCCUUCCUCUGCCAGGAUCAAGGGUCAUCUUUCCAGAAAAUGAUAUUGCUGCUGUUUUUCAUGAUCUAGCAAAGAAGGAUGCGAUCAGCUUGACAGAGAGCGUGCAUAAUGUCAAGGAAUUCUCAAUAACGAAUGUGACUGGAAGUUACAGGCGGGUCUUCCAAAAACCAAUGGACUUUGAAUGGGAAUUACUAAAGUAUAUUGAUGGCAAUAUACCAUUGGUGGAGACAGACUUUGAAAAAAUUGACAAAACCAAGCCUGUGAAUGUACACAAAGAGGACCCAACAAGUGUAAAUGGAGAUGGAAGUUUACAUGAUAGCAUCAAACAGUCAGAGUGCUCUGCCAAUGAAAUAGAACUGCAGAAAAGAGAUAUUGAGGUGGAAGACAAGGGAGAAAAGUUGCCACAAGUUGAAUCUCUCGGUGGCACUAAUUCUCAGGGAACUCAGAUUGCUCUGAAGUUGAGCUUUACUCUCCCAUCAUCUUGUUAUGCAACAAUGGCCAUCAGAGAGCUACUGAAGACUUCGACAUCUGUUGCUUUUCACAAAACCUUGAACUAGAGAGUGCGUUGCUAUGAGUGCAAGGCAUUCAAGAAGGAUAAAUGGGUUUCCUGCUGGUGACUAACAAAUUUGCAGAAGUCGAUAUGACACAGGAGUAAACAAAGUUCACACCUCUUCCAUACAAUGAGAUGAUGCUUUUAUCUGCUUUACAUAGUCAAUGGUAGAACCGCGAAUUGUUUUUGGUUUAAAAUCUGCCUCGGUUACAAACAUACCUGCAUGUCAAUGCAAUGAAAUCCUGUAUUGACAUAGAAAAGUUGGUAUCCCAGUUUACAUUUUUAUCU